AAGCGCCUAGUAAACACAAAAAGUUAAACGCUGGAGAGGAUUAGGUGAUUCUUAUCUUAACAGCGAGUGUUCCUAUCAUUUUGAGCCAGACCUUUUUGUAGUCCAGCUGCAGCUGCAAUCUCAUAAUGACCAAACAAACAAAAACCCCACAAAAACAAAAUGAGACGCAAUCAAACACAUCACUAACACCAGUGCAAUUUCUUGACAGACAGCCUUCGCCAUCAUCCAUCAAUCAUGACGCCAACUUGGCCACCUGUAAAUCACGUCUAGAUAUCCUAAUCAAACAACUCCAAGAUAAUUACGCCAAAUGGCAACUAGCCCAACAGCGUGGCACCGCCAUUUGUUAUGCCAUUGAAGCCAAAAAGACCAAGUGCUUGGAAAAGCUUGAUACCGAAGACCAGGAAAACGUCAGUUGCUAUCCAGAUGAUCUGAUCCUGCCCUGCAGAAAGUUAGCCAUUAUAGCCACAAUAUUUAUAGAUAUAGCAAAUAAUACAAAAGAUUGUCUGAGACAAUUAAGAGCUCUGAGUAAGAUGCCAGGAGCGGCAGGUGAUACAAUAUUCUAUCGCAGUUGGAAACUGCCUCAGUUUGUGGCCUUUACUAAAGAGCUGUCUGAACGAUAUGAGCAGGAGGCGUUGGUCAAGCAAAAGGUGAUGGAAAGCAUUGCCCAUUGCAUGGACCGUUGCGAUCUUAUAGCUGAGACCACUCAAUGGGAAUACCCGGAGCACACGGAUGGCUAUGUAAAGCUCGGCUUCCUCUUAUUAAAUGAAGAAGUUAAAUAAUGGAAA